AUGUCAGGUAUGGAGAGACUUCAAAGAAUGUUCGCGGGUGCAGGUGGAGCACUAGGCGGCCAUCCACCACCGGAUUCCCCCACCCUAGAUUCAUCGGAACAAGUUUACAUCUCCUCUCUCGCUCUUCUCAAAAUGCUCAAACACGGAAGGGCUGGUGUUCCUAUGGAAGUUAUGGGUUUGAUGUUGGGGGAGUUUGUUGAUGAGUAUACUGUGCGCGUUGUUGAUGUGUUUGCUAUGCCGCAGAGUGGGACUGGUGUUAGUGUUGAAGCUGUUGAUCAUGUUUUUCAAACUAAUAUGCUUGAUAUGUUGAAACAAACUGGAAGACCAGAGAUGGUUGUAGGUUGGUAUCAUUCACAUCCUGGAUUUGGCUGCUGGCUUUCUGGAGUGGACAUUAAUACACAACAGAGUUUUGAGGCUUUAAAUCAACGGGCAGUGGCAGUUGUGGUGGAUCCUAUUCAGAGUGUUAAAGGCAAAGUGGUGAUUGAUGCAUUCCGGCUGAUUAAUCCACAAACUAUGAUGCUGGGUCAAGAACCACGACAGACAACCUCUAACCUUGGCCAUCUGAACAAGCCAUCUAUCCAAGCUCUGAUCCAUGGCUUGAACCGACAUUAUUACUCAAUAGCAAUCAAUUACAGGAAAAAUGAGCUUGAAGAGAAGAUGUUGCUUAACCUUCAUAAGAAGAAAUGGACUGAUGGUUUGACACUCAGACGAUUCGAUUCACAUUCUAAAACUAAUGAACAGACUGUUCAGGAGAUGCUUAGUUUAGCAACCAAGUACAACAAGGCAGUGCAGGAGGAAGAUGAGCUUCCCCCAGAAAAGCUUGCAAUUGCCAAUGUGGGGAGGCAGGAUGCUAAGAAGCAUCUUGAAGAGCAUGUUUCUAAUUUAAUGUCGUCAAACAUUGUUCAGACUUUGGGAAUGAUGCUCGACACAGUUGUGUUCUAG